AUGCUACCGAAGGUGAGACUAACUCGAGGAGUGUGGUACUGGAAAGAUGAUACUAACACCCUUGAAUUUGAAAGCUCCAGUCCAGCAGAUGAGGAAAAACUGAAGGAAAGAAAAAGUAUUAAAUCCCACGAAUUGUGUGAUGAGACAUUAAAGAGCAUCUUCCAGGAUAUAACGCUGGGUGACAAGGAAGCAAACUUGCAUGAGCCACCCAAGUGGGAACAGCAUGACUAUGUGACGUUGGAUGAUGUCAAAUAUGCCGCUUUGCGUUUGAAAGAGGCCAAUGUGUCACGUCACAUGUUAUCAUUUGCAGCAGUGAUGAGGAAUGAGCAACUAGAUGAGUUCCUCAUGGCUCUGUUCUUCUACCUGUCUUUUUACCUGGAAAAAGAUGCCCUGGAAAAGAAAUACAGAUCCUUGAAAUCGACUAUGAUAUAUGUAGAGAAGAAAGAAAUGGCUGAUGUAUUGGCGAAGUUAUCAACGGCCAGGAUUCACCUUGCAAAGGCGUACUCUAAACUUAUCCUCGGAGGACACGUGGCACAGCAGCACCACAUGCCUAGUGGGAAGAGAAAAACAUCGCUGCAGAAAGAUCGGAGCUUCUUUGAGGGCUUCUACAAUUUCUGCACCUACAUGGCUUGGCUUGUGUUCAGGAAGAAGCACUUCCAGGAGAUUCAGGAAGAAAUUGGCAGGCUGCUUUGCUCUGACAUGUUCAAUCCUGCCUUAAGAGACAGGGGCAAUGUGGGCUCGCAGAAACCCAGAGACCAGCCUGCUGAUGCAAACACAGCACGAUUGCCCUAUCUCAGAAAAGCCCGUGUCAAGCAUCCUUCCAUACACAGCAUGAUUCACCAGCGCUCACCACUGCUCAGCACGCUGCUGCCCUUACCGAAGGACAGGGCUCAGUACCUCUCCCAGGGCAGACACCCUCAACCUUGCACACGUGACAACCUGCCAGACUUGUCAGAAUUGUUCUCUACCAAGAUUGGCAUCAUUGGAGCUCCUCGUAGUGAGUUAAAAUCUCUUACAAGCAUGUGUGAUGGGAUGAUGGAGAACAAAGAAGAGCAAGAAGGAGGAAAAAUUAGGAGUAGUUUCUCCAUCCUGACAAAUGACUUCAGCUUGCCACCUCUGAGACGCCCCCCAAACCGGCUCAGUAGACAGAGCACUGUGCUCUCCAAAGCAAUGGCAGAAGAUGACCGUAAUCAGAGAAACUAGCAGAAGCGAUAUCUGUGUUGAGUUUCACAUUACU